AUGGAAAAUAAUGAUAUAUCGGCUGUCGAGAAACUACAUUAUUUAAAAAUGAGCUUGACAGGGGAGCCAUCGCAACUCUUGAAAAAUGUGACUAUCUCUAGUGAAAAUCUCAACCGCUCCUGGAAAAUGCUCAUUGCUCGCUACGAAAAUAAGCGAAUACUAAUUGAUGCUCAAUUGUCAGCGUUAUUCGCAAUUCGCAAACUUAAAACCGAGUCAUCAUCGGAACUCAAGCGACUUCUCGGCGACGUUAAGGAAAUCCUCGGUGGUCUCGAAGCUCUCGACUGUCCGGUGCGCCAGUGGGAUCAUCUUAUCGUUUUUAUGACUGUGCGCAAUCUCGAUUCCGAAUCAAUGAAGGAUUGGGAAAAAACACUCGGUGCGACAACUACCGCGCCUUCCUUCGCCGACUUAGAAACCUUUCUCGUUGGACGCGUGCAUACUCUCGAAGCUAUUGAAAGAUCCACGACCUCACGUAAACAUCCAGCGACAAAUAUGACACGACCUCAACUAAACGCAAGAUCAUACGCUGCCACCACCGCCGAACAGCAGUGUGCGUUGUGCAAUUCAAGCCAUUAUAUUUCGGCGUGUCCGAAAUAUCUUGAGAAGACUCCCGCUCAACGCCGCGAGACAGUUUCAUCGAAAAACCUCUGUUAUAACUGUCUCGGUCCUCAUCAUCUGAAAAGCUGUCGUAAUGCAAAGCGCUGUCGUAUCUGUCGCAAGCAACAUCACUCAACGCUACAUCUCUCAUCAAACGAACCGGUAGCCGCGAUAACAACGAUGUCGCCGAUUGCCUCAAUUCCGUCGACCUCGCACAUAGGACUCACCUCCACGCAUCUCGCGCAAGCCGACGGACAAGAAUCAACGCUUCAAGCAUGCAGUCAUGUGACUCAAUCGCGUAUAAUUCGAAGUACGUCCGUACUGCUCGCGACCGCUCUCGUUACCGUCGUAUCACCAUACGGCGAACAUUAUCAAGUACGCGCGUUGCUUGAUCAAGGAUCGGAGGCAUCAUUUAUCUCCGAAUCCGUCGCACAAAUCUUAAGACUCUCACGCACUUCAGCUGCAAUUCCAAUUAUCGGGAUCGGUGCUCAGCGAUCCAGUGUCUCCAAUGGACGUGUCUCUUUUGAAAUUAUCUCACGCGUCAAUUCGGCAUUCUCUCUAAAAAUCGAAGCUCUUGUGUUGCCGAAACUCACCUCUUAUCUGCCACCUGCAGUUAUUGUGAAUGCUCAGUGGCCUCAUAUCCAUGGAUUGGCGCUUGCAGAUCCAAACUUUGCAACGCCAGGAAAAAUUGAUCUCGUUCUCGGCGCAGGUGUUUGUGCGCAAAUUCUCGAAGACGGCAUUUGCCGAGGAGCUAGCGGUACGCCAAUCGCUCAGAAAACCACUCUCGGCUGGAUACUCUCCGGACAACUCUACUCUGAGCAUGAUCACACCUCAACAGAACAAUCAAUUAAUGGAUUGCACUGCUCUCUUGAUGGUGAACUCCUCGAUCUGCUCCAAAGAUUCUGGGCCCAGGAAGAAAUCACGCCUGUGCAUAACGUGACGCUCACCCCAGAAGAAUCUCAGUGUGAAGAACACUUCAAGACAACGCAUUCUCGUGACGCGCAUGGACGCUUUAUCGUUCGGUUACCGCUCCGAAAAACUGUAAGUGACUUGGGUGAUUCUCGCGCUCCAGCACUCAGGAUGCUCCGACGUAUGGAAGCGCGCUUCGAAACGCACGCUUCUCUCAAGGUAGCCUAUAAGGAGUUCCUACGUGAGUAUCUUGAACUUGGUCAUAUGCGUCUCUCAAGUUCUCAUGAUAUUUCGCGACGCGAAUUCUUUCUGCCGCAUCACGGCGUCAUUAAAGAAACAAGCUCGACCACGAAAUUACGCGUCGUGUUUAAUGGAUCGCAGAAAACAAAUCUCGGAAUAUCAUUAAACGACUGCUUGCAUAUCGGCCCGAAAUUGCAGACGGAUCUCGUUGACAUUCUCGUUCGCUGGCGUCGACAUCGCUACGUGUUCGCGACCGAUAUAGAAAAAAUGUAUCGACAAAUUCGCGUACAUCCAGACGAUUGGCCACUUCAGACGAUUUUCUGGAGAGACUCUCCGUGUGAACGGCCGCGAGAAUAUCUCUUAUGUACCGUGACAUACGGUCUAGCUUGCGCGCCAUAUCUUGCACUUCGCUGUCUGCAACAGCUCGCAACCGACAUUGAAUCCACACGCGGACUGGCUGCCGAAAUUCUACGCCGCGAUACAUACGUGGACGACAUUUUAUCCGGGUCAGAUGACAUCUCUACAACGAAAGAAAAGAUGCAGCAGCUUAAGGAUACUCUCACGGCGGGUGGCUUCAAUCCGAAGAAGUGGAUUACAAACGCUUCGGAAUUGCUCCAAGGUAUUCCCGUGUGCGAUCAGGAUCCUUCCGCGAUCCUACCCGUCGGCGACUCCACGACGCAUUAUACUCUCGGAAUUCGUUGGAGCCGAUCAAGUGACAGUUUCGUGUUUGUUGCCCCUUCGUUUCCGCGCUCAGACAAAACGUUCACUAAACGCUCGGUACUCUCGUUUAUCGCGCGGAUUUUCGAUCCUCUCGGCUGGAUCGCACCGAUUAUAAUCACGGCCAAGCGAUUCAUGCAACAACUGUGGGCAAUACGUCUCGACUGGGAUGACGAAUUACCAUGUUCUCUCAAAUCUCAGUGGAUCGAAUUCAUGCAGCAAUUCGAACAGGUGUCGGCUAUUGUGAUUCCGCGUUGGUUCGGCACCAGCUCAACGGCUCUCGGAACCGAAUUGCAUGGUUUCUCGGACGCCUCUCAACAUGCAAUUGCCGCAGUUAUCUAUCUCCGUGUCGUGACUCCCACCGGCAUUCAUGUGACUCUCGUUAGUGCAAAGACAAAAGUGACUCCGCUUAAACGCGUAACAAUUCCGCGACUCGAAUUAUCAGCUGCCGUACUCCUCGUGAAACAGCUUCUCAAAAUACGCGAAAUUCUCGAUUUAACUCAAACGCCAGCGCAUCUCUGGACGGACUCCACCGUCGCGUUAACAUGGAUCAAAAGCCAUCCAUCGAGAUGGAAAGAAUUCGUGCGAAAUCGUGUCGUGUUCAUACAAGAGCUCUCAAACUCUCGGUGGCAUCACGUCUCAGGGAAAGAGAAUCCUGCUGACGUGGCGUCUCGCGGAACAUCGCCUCAACUUCUCCAGCAAGAUCAGUCGUGGUGGCAUGGACCUCUGUGGCUACAGCAAUUCUCGACCGCGUGGCCAGUCUCAAAGCUCUCGCUCGAUUCCAACGCACAUCUUGAAGAACGAGCUCGUAAUUGCGCCAUCGCGAUCGUGAUUCCAGAGCCAGAUAUGUGGGAUCUCAUAAAACGAUACUCAUCUUUCACUCGACUGACCCGCAUUACCGCCUGGAUUCUACGUGCGAUCCAACGCUUCCGACCUUCAAGGACUGUGCCUGUAUCGCAAGACCCUCUUACUGCAGGGGAGCUAGAAUUGUCAGUCCUUCUUUGGGUCGAAUUAACGCAACAUGCUUAUUUCUCAACGGAAAUUCGACUCCUACGAGGAGGUAAGCAGCUGCCGAAAACCAGCGCACUGUUCCGUCUCACUCCGUUUCUCGAUACUAAAGGGCACCUCCGACUACAAGGACGCCUUCAAUUGUCUCAGCUGGAUCCGGCGGAAAAACAUCCAUUGAUUUUACCUCGCAGUUCUCGAUUGACGGACCUCAUAAUGGAUUAUUACCAUAAACAGACGUUACAUGGCGGACCACAACUCAUGCUCUCGCACCUCAGCUAUGCAUCUCGAGGUGGCGACAGAUUAUUCGACCGACGGAUUCAUCGCCGCCUACAAACGGUUCACGGGCCGCAGAGGGAUUUGCUCCACAAUCACAAGCGACUGCGGCACCAAUCUCAUAGGAGCGGAUUCCGAAUUAAGGCGACUGUUCAAGCCUCAACGACAGAAUGGACUCACAUCGCCUCCCAGCUCGCCAACGAUGGAGUUACGUGGAAGUUUAAUCCACCCUCGGCCCCUCACUUCGGUGGAAAGUGGGAAGCUGGAGUGAAAUCGGUCAAAUUCCACCUCAGGCGAGUCAUAGGUGACACGCUGCUCACCUAUGAAGAGAUGAACACGCUCUUAAUUCAGAUCGAGGCGGUUCUCAACUCUCGCCCUCUAAGCGCUCUCUCGGAUGACCCAACGGAUGUUUCAGCGCUCACGCCAGGGCAUUUUCUAAUCGGAUCAGCGCUCACCACUGUACCGGAGCCCUCUCUGGGUGAUGUCCCAGCAUCUCGGCUGUCGCGCUGGCAGCUACUCCGCCAGAUGACGGAGUCAUUCUGGAAGCGUUGGACUGCAGAAUAUCUGUCCCAGUUUCAGGUCUCCUCUAAGCGGCACCAAGCGCAAAAUUCAUUUCAGGUUGGGUCUUUAGUUCUCAUCAAGGACGAACGGAUGCCUCCUACCAAAUGGCCUCUCGCACGCAUCAUUGACGUGCAUCACGGGCCUGACGGACUUAUCAGAGUCGUCAGUGUGAAGACGGCCAACACUACGCUCAAAAGACCAAUUGUCAAAUUGUGCCUGCUGCCGGAUCCAAAUAAAACAUAG